AGAAUCUCCCUCUCUUCUCCCUCCUUCCCUCCCUGCCUUUCUCUCUUUCUCUCACACACACAUUCAGAUAUUCACACACUCAUAGCCGAGAUUCUUUCUUUGUUCCAUUUUUUGUUCUCGGCAACUCAUAACUUCUUACCCUUCUUCAUCAUCAAAAUGGUGCAAGCAAAACCUCCUUUUCCAUCAAAACUACUCCUUCUCUCUCUUCUUGUUUCUACCCUCGCCAUUUUUGAUAAUGGGGUUCAAUGCUUUCAAGGGAAGAAAGUCCUCAGCAUGCAUAAAUUUCAAUGGAAACAGGGGAGUAAUAGUUCAACUUGUCUCUCCCAAGAAACAAGAUGGGAGAAUGGUGCAACCAUAUUGGAAAUGAAGCACAAAGAUUCUUGCUCAGGAAAGAUCCUAGACUGGAACAAGAAGCUUAAAAAACACUUGAUCAUGGAUGAUUUUCAGCUUCGAUCACUUCAAUCUAGAAUGAAAAGCAUCAUUUCUGGCCGAAAUAUUGAUGAUUCAGUGGAUGCUCCAAUCCCAUUAACUUCUGGUAUAAGACUGCAGACACUAAACUACAUAGUUACAGUGGAAUUAGGUGGUCGAAAAAUGACAGUGAUUGUGGACACUGGGAGUGACUUGAGUUGGGUUCAAUGUCAACCUUGCAAAAGAUGUUAUAAUCAACAAGACCCUGUUUUCAACCCUUCAACAUCUCCUUCAUACCGAACAGUUUUAUGUAGUUCACCAACUUGUCAGUCCCUGCAGUCUGCAACUGGAAAUUUAGGAGUCUGUGGAAGUAACCCUCCGAGUUGUAACUAUGUUGUUAACUAUGGUGAUGGAUCCUACACACGCGGUGAGCUAGGCACGGAACAUCUUGAUUUGGGAAACAGUACUGCUGUCAACAACUUCAUAUUCGGCUGUGGCAGGAACAAUCAAGGUUUAUUUGGUGGAGCUUCAGGCCUUGUGGGAUUGGGAAGGAGUAGUCUCUCUUUGAUUUCUCAAACUUCAGCCAUGUUUGGAGGAGUUUUCUCCUACUGUUUGCCUAUAACAGAAACUGAAGCUUCAGGUUCACUAGUCAUGGGUGGAAAUUCCUCAGUAUACAAAAACACAACUCCUAUUUCAUACACUAGAAUGAUUCCCAAUCCACAGCUACCCUUCUAUUUUCUAAACCUAACUGGUAUUACUGUUGGUAGCGUGGCAGUACAAGCACCAAGUUUUGGUAAAGAUGGAAUGAUGAUUGAUUCUGGGACGGUUAUUACAAGGCUCCCCCCUUCAAUUUACCAGGCACUAAAGGAUGAGUUUGUGAAACAAUUUUCAGGGUUUCCUUCUGCACCAGCUUUUAUGAUUUUGGAUACUUGCUUCAACCUUAGUGGAUAUCAAGAAGUUGAGAUUCCAAACAUAAAAAUGCACUUUGAGGGAAAUGCUGAGCUCAAUGUGGAUGUAACUGGGGUUUUCUAUUUUGUUAAGACUGACGCAUCUCAGGUCUGUUUGGCUAUUGCAAGUCUCUCUUAUGAAAACGAGGUUGGUAUAAUUGGGAAUUAUCAACAGAAAAACCAGAGGGUUAUAUAUGAUACCAAGGGGUCCAUGUUGGGAUUUGCGGCAGAAGCUUGCACUUUUGACUAGGUCGAUGAUUCGAAGGUAUUAUUAAGAACAGGUGUGUGACAGUGCAUAUAUUUAUUUGAUGCAAUGUCAGUUGUUCUUGUUGCCAAAGAAAUCAUCAAGAAGUAGUUUUUCUUGGUUCAUAUCACAUAUAAAUAUCUAUUAUUAUCCAUGGGGAAAGAUAUAGAAUAUGUAAAAACGCCAUUUCCAAUUUCUCAAGUGUUUUGACAGUGCAGUCCCAAACACAGCAAAUAAUAUCUUUUGUAUAUUUUAAAUGUAAGAUCUGUUUGAAUCU